AUGGCCAACUCGACUUUUGCGACGCCGCUGACAGAACUAUUUGGUAUCCGCCAUCCGGUGAUGCUUGCUGGUAUGGACACCGCCGCAGGCCCUGAGCUAGCCGCUGCGGUAACUAACGCUGGCGGCAUAGGUAUCAUUGGCGGUGUGCUCCUCUCACCAUCCCUGCUCCGUUCAUCUAUACGCACCCUGAAAUCCCAUCUUCACGACCCCAAAGCACCGUGGGGCGUUGAUCUUCUUAUCCCUCAAGUUGGCGGAAACGCGAGGAAGACUAACGAGGACUACACGCACGGAGAGUUGGCUAAGCUUGUGGAGGUUAUUAUCAGUGAAGGCGCGAGGCUUUUUGUGUGCGCAGUGGGCGUCCCGCCAAGGUGGGUCGUGGAUCGGUUCCAUGAGGCGGGCAUACCUGUUAUGAAUAUGGUCGGCCACCCAAAGCAUGUCCCGAAAGCAUUAACCCAGGGCGUAGACAUGAUAUGCGCCCAAGGUGGAGAGGCGGGCGGUCACACGGGAGAUAUUCCAUUCAGCAUUCUCAUUCCAGCCGUUGUCGAUUUAUGUAGCAAAGCCAAGACGCUUAAGGGCGAUCCGGUCCUUGUUGUCGCAGCAGGCGGCAUCGCGGAUGGGAGAGGGUUGGCUGCGGCAUUGGUAUACGGCGCAUCCGGCGUCUGGGUCGGUACACGCUUCCUCGCAUCCACCGAAGCUGGCGCGCCACAGAUGCACAAAGACCUCGUUUUGAGCGCAGGAUAUGAUGAUAUUGGUCCGACACUCAUUUAUUCUGGGAGGCCAAUGUGCGUAAGAAGGACCAAGUAUGUUACAGAGUGGGAAACCACACGUCGACGUGAACAAGAAGCCCUCCUUGCACAGGGGAAAAUACCGUACAAAAUCGAUCUGGAGCAGCACCCUGAGAAGGUGGUGGAGAGUGCGCGUUGGGUCAUGGGAAAAGUCGCAGGCUCAAUACAUGAUAUCAAACCAGCGAAAGAUAUCGUUGAAGAAAUCGUUCGCACUGCAGCGGAACAACUGGAGCGUUCUGCAGGGCGUAUAAGAACCAAGUUGUGA